UCUCAACCCCACAAUCCGUGGUCAAGUUUUGUUCCAUAAAUGAGACUCUGACCAAAUUUGACCCGUUGGCCGUACUUGAUUCGAGUUUGAGCAUUCUUUUAGGGUUGAGGGUUGUUUCAAAGUUUGCAUUUGGAAAAUUCCUUAUUGCCUUAUACUGGGUUUUACAGUACACUCGAUUUCUGCCCUUCCUCAGCCACGCUCCAAAAUGAGUCGGCACCCGGAGGUUCUGUGGGCCCAGCGCUCCGAUAAGGUGUACCUAACGGUGGCGUUACCUGACGCCAAAGACAUCAACAUCAAGUGUGAGCCUCAGGGCUCCUUCAGCUUCUCCGCCAUUGGAGUCCAAGGUGAGCCCUUUCACUUCACUUUGGACCUUUACGGACCAAUAACGCCUGAUGGUUGCAAAACUAAAGCUGGGUUGAGGAACAUCCUCUGCUCAAUCCAGAAAGAUCAGAAAGGUUGGUGGAAACGGCUGCUCAAGACUGAAGAGAAGCCUGCACCUUACAUUAAGGUUGAUUGGAACAAAUGGUGUGAUGAGGACGAGGAAGACACUACUACUGAUUUGGCCUCUGAUGAUGACGAUGCUGCGUAUGUCGGUCAAGAUGGUGGAAGCAGUGAUGAUGAUGGAAUGCUCUAUCUUCCGGACCUGGAAAAGGCAAGAAAGUGAGCAAUUUGGGAUGGACAGCAUGGAACUCUUAUGAGCUAGAUAGAAAUUAGAAUAGGGAAAGUUCACUUCAUGGAAGGCAGAACUUUGGACAUGACAGAUCCUUGUAACUAUUUGGUUAUCCUCAUGCGCUAAACUUGGUCUCAUCUUUGAUUCUAACUCACAGUUUUCAAGAGGCGGAACUAAAUUACAGGGAUAGUCUGUCCAUUGUGAAUCUUAAAAUUAUAACAGCAAAAAAAAAAGAAAAAAAACAUGUAGACCAGUUGCUGUUGUAAUACAUACAGAUCAUCUUUAAGCUGACACCUCCUGUUGCUAUA